UCAGAUCAAUUAUUAUUUGUCAUGAAAUAUCGAAUUUUAAUAAAAAAUAAUUUAGACUACUAAUUGAAUCUCGAUACUUAAGGCAUACGAAACGAUGGUUGUCGGAGCGUUUCCCAUUGCAAAAUUAUCCGUUUUAUUAAUUAAACAGAUCAGCAAACCUAUUGCAAAUGUUUGCAAGGAAAGGGCCAAAAAUAAUCCUUUUUUCAGAACCUAUGUGUGUAUGCCCCCAGCCCAAUUUUACAACUGGUGUGAAGUGAAGGCGAAAAUGUGGAUUUUAAACUUAGGGAAACCAGUGAACAUUCCAGUGUUAAGUCAAGAAAUGGCCAUAGAACUAGGAGCUAAUCUACUCGGUGAAUCAGUCAUAUUUGUUAUUGGAGCUGGUCUGCUCAUUGUUGAAUAUAACAGACAAAGUAAAAAGGAAGCUGCAAAAGAAGCAAAGCGUGAAGAAGAAAUGAAACAUAUUACGGGGACCAUAACGGAUCUAUAUUUCACUGUUCAACAACAACAAACUCAACUUAGGGAAAUGGAGAGAAUGAUUCACACUAUUGGUGGCAAAAAAUUGCCUUCCAACCCUCCACCAUCCAGUGCACCUUCAGGACCAACCCCUCCGCCCACACCUCCAGCAGCAAAGCCACAAAACAUCAACCACAUCAUGGAUUACAGCAGGACAACAUCUUUGACACCUUAUCCUGACAAGGGUGUCAUUCUGCAAUCUUUGAAUUAUAUACAAAUGGAUGUCUUUAGUUCUUAUUUUAAUGGCUUCAACCAAAAUGAAACCAAUCAUAGAAUUGAUAAAACACAGUCUUAUUCCAAAAGAGAACCUGCAAUACUCUCGGAGGCAUUGCAUAAUAUAGAAAACAAUUUUAGAAGCUUAUUUUAACCCUUAUGUACAUUGUACAGUAGUUAAAAAUUUGAGUAAACUAUUUAUUUUUAAUUUAUGUGUAAGAUAGAAUUUUUUAAGAUAGUAUUUUAAUGGUUUAUUUCAAGUCUCAAACAUGUAAUAUAAUUUAUAAGCCAGUGACAUUCUACAAAUCAAGAUACAGAUAAUGUUGAUUUUCAGUCAGUAACACAAUUUGUAAAAAGUUUUUUGUAAAUGAUUUUGAAAGUGUAUCAUUUGUAAAUGUUCAUGGUAGGUGAUAUAUGUCUAGUGAUUUUUAAUCACGAAAGUGAAACCAGUGGUGAAA